AUUGUAGUUAUGCAUUGCAGUCACUAGUUAAGACAAUUGCUUAAAAGUGAGCAAAGGGUUUAAUUAACCAAUAAACAUGAAGAUGAGAUUUUUUCUUGUAGCUUGUUUGGCAGUGUUCUGCAUCCUAGGGGUUUGCCAAGGAGGCAACCUCAGAAAGAAAUUCUACAAGAAAACAUGUCCUCAAGCUGAGGAGAUUGUUAGGACGAAAAUCCAGGAACAUGUCUCUGCAAGGCCUGAUUUGCCUGCCAAGUUGAUUAGAAUGCAUUUUCAUGAUUGUUUUGUCAGGGGUUGUGAUGGUUCAGUUUUGCUGGACUCCACUGCCACCAACACUGCAGAGAAGGACUCCAUUCCCAACUUAUCUUUGGCUGGCUUUGAUGUCAUAGAUGACAUUAAAGAAGCAUUGGAGGCUAAAUGUCCCGGAACUGUGUCUUGUGCUGAUAUAUUAGCAUUGGCAGCUAGGGAUACUGUUUCUGUCAAAUUUAAUAAGCCAACAUGGGAAGUACUUACCGGUAGAAGAGAUGGCACAGUAUCCAUAAGUGGUGAAGCCUUAGCUAAUCUGCCAGCACCUUUCUUCAACUUCACCCAGCUCAAAGAAAGCUUUGCUAGCAAAGGGCUUACUGUGCAUGACUUGGUUGUAUUAUCAGGAGCACACACAAUUGGGAUAGGUCACUGCAACUUAUUCAGUAACAGGCUUUUCAAUUUCACCGGAAAAGGUGAUCAAGAUCCUUCAUUGAAUCCUACUUAUGCCAAUUUCUUGAAGACAAAAUGCCAAGGUCUCAGUGACACCACCACAACAGUAGAGAUGGAUCCUAACAGCUCAAACACCUUUGACAGUGACUAUUAUUCUAUCCUUCGCCAGAAUAAGGGUCUAUUCCAAUCAGAUGCUGCUCUUUUAACAACUAAGAUAUCAAGAAACAUUGUCAACGAAUUGGUUAAUCAAAACAAGUUCUUCACAGAGUUUGGACAGUCAAUGAAGAGAAUGGGAGCCAUUGAGGUCCUCACUGGCUCUGCUGGGGAAAUUAGGAAGAAGUGCUCUGUUGUCAACUCUCAUAGAAGUGUCACUGAGGGAUUAAACAUGAAGAUAAGAUUUUUUCUUGUAGCUUGUUUGGCAGUGUUCUGUGUCUUAGGGGUUUGUCAAGGAGGCAACCUCAGAAAGAAAUUCUACAGGAAAUCCUGUCCUCAAGCCGAGCAGAUUGUUAGGACCAAAAUCCAGCAACAUGUCUCUGCAUGCCCCAAUUUGCCUGCCAAGUUGAUUAGAUUGCAUUUUCAUGACUGUUUUGUCAGGGGUUGUGAUGGCUCAGUUUUGCUGGACUCCACUGCCACCAACAUUGCAGAGAAGGAUGCCAUUCCCAAUUUAUCUUUGGCUGGCUUUGAUGUCAUAGAUGACAUUAAAGAAGCAUUGGAGGCUAAAUGUCCCGGAAUUGUAUCUUGUGCUGACAUACUAGCUUUGGCAGCUAGGGAUUCUGUUUCUGCAGUCAAACCUGCGUGGGAAGUGCUUACCGGUAGAAGAGAUGGCACAGUAUCCGUAAGUGGUGAAGCCUUGGCCAAUCUGCCGGCACCUUUCUACAAUUUCACCACGCUCAAAGCAAGCUUUGCUAGUAAAAAUCUUAAUGUGCACGACCUGGUUGUAUUAUCAGGAGCUCACACAAUUGGGAUAGGUCACUGUAACUUAUUCAGUAAAAGGCUUUUCAACUUCACCGGAAAAGGUGAUCAAGAUCCUUCUUUGAACCCUACUUAUGCCAAUUUCUUGAAGACAAAAUGCCAAGGUCUCAGUGACAACACUACAACAGUAAAGAUGGAUCCUAACAGCUCAAACACCUUUGACAGUAACUAUUAUUCUAUCCUUCGCCAGAACAAGGGUCUAUUCCAAUCAGAUGCUGCCCUUUUAACAACAAAGAUGUCAAGAAACAUUGUCAACAAAUUGGUCAAAAAAGACAAGUUCUUCACAAAGUUUGGGCAUUCAAUGAAGAGAAUGGGAGCAAUUGAGGUUCUCACAGGCUCCGCUGGGGAAAUUAGGAGGAAGUGCUCUGUUGUCAACGCUUAACUAAGAGCUGUUUUCUGGUUUAAUUUGCUAUGUUUCUUUCAUAUAUUAUUUUGUCGCAAAAUUUGUUUUGUGGGAUACCUUAAAAUUUGAGUGAAAAAUAAAGGUUGUUA